AUGUCCAACGGCAAGCCAGUCGCGCGUCAUUAUUGCGACUACUCGGACUGUGGGAAGAGUUUUCGAAGAGCCGAACACCUGACCCGGCACAAGCUUAACCACAGCAAUGCUACUAUUCGAUGUCCUCAAUGUGACCGAUAUUUCUACCGAAGAGAUCUCUUGCAGCGGCAUUUGACGUUGAAACAUGGGAAAGCGUCAAAAGGCACACCUAGCACCACUGGUAUCACGUCGCCAGUCGUCGUCCAUGAAGUGUCUCCCUCGGGUGCCCCCGACAAUGCGCUUCCUGCUCAGCGACCCGAGGAACGUUUCGAGUUUUCUCAAACAGGUAUUGCGACCGAUGGUCCUAUCCUGAACGAUGUGACCAUGGACAACCAGUCCACUCUGGCGUUUCCAGAGAUCUUUCAGUUCGCGUCUCCCAGCCUCGAUCUCGCUCAAGACUGGGGCUGGAUUCAUCAAAAUCCUCUGCCUGUCAUUCCAGGCAAUGCUGAGCCAAUCAGCCAGGUUGAUGAGAGUCAGGAAGGCCUCGAAGUUUCUCCUUAUGAUGACUGGAUUGAUCCUCUCAUCGUCCAAGAUCUCUACAUCAGUCAGGAAGUCUAUGGUUUCCUGACCACCUUGGGACCAGUCAUUGAGGCUAAUCGCGCCUUCGAUUUUCAAGGGAUGUCGCAUCUCCUUAAUCAUGCCUUUCUACACAUAAUGGAAACUCUUGCCAUUUUUCAUCGGCCGACAUUCAAUUUCGAUUUCAUUCACAGGCAGCUCUGUGCUACAAUAUUUUGUGUCGGCCUCCUCACUUCUCAAGAGAAUGGGUUGUAUGAUAUAGGAUGUGCUUUACUCAGGUACAUUCAAGAUCAGCUUCUACGAUAUGUCGAACAGAAUACAAUCUAUUCGGCUGAUCUGGGAACUCUUCAAGCAAUGCUGCUAGUCGAAUAUUCUGGCAUGUACCUUGCAGACAGAGCAGCUAUGGAGCUCAGUGAUAUCUUCCACGGCGUACUAGUCACGCUCUGCCGGCGACUCGGGCUCUUCGAAAGUACCUAUCUCCAGGGCCCUGCAGCGUCAUCGUCAACCGAGGGAAGUGCAGGCGUCAACUCAAUCCAAAACGAAAGUGCGAAAAGAUUUGCAUUCUUCGUUUUCGCUCUAGAUGUUCAGCAUGCCUUGUUUUUUGGACAUUCAAGGAGCAUAUCGUCGAUGUAUUCUAUAAAGCUUGAGCUUCCCACCGACGAAGCAGAGUGGCAAGCGUUCACCCAAGGCGCACAAAAAAAUAAGAAACAGCGCGGGCUAUGGUAUCGCACAAGAUACGACCAGAUUUGUCAUACACUUCUCUCCGAAGCUGAAGGCCACAAGUCGAUACCAUCCAAUCUUCCUCAACUCUCGAACUUUCUGAUUCUUCUUGGCCUCUCUUCUGGUGUCCUAGAUUUUCUGCGGCGCCAGAAAGAACCCUUUUUCGAGACCCGACAUGCGCUGUCGCGCUUAGGCUCUGUGCUUCCCGCGAUCCAUAGCCGACUCAUGGCAGGUCCCGAGGGAGCUAUGAAAACUCAUGGCAGAGCGGUCUACCACAUUACGGUCAUCGCAUUGUGUACACCUUUGGAUGACCUCGAACAGGCUGCCAAUGACGGAUUUUCACGCACGGGCCGGACACCGAAGCAACACACUCGUGCGGCCAUCAUUCGGCUCUUGACGAAACACAAAGUCGGGGCGGAACCGGCUCGCCAUGCCGUACAUCUACUAAAGCUCUAUCUGAUGCCUCCACUGAAUCCAGAACCGCCGAGCGACCAAGGUGCUGUUGAUGGGCUGUUGGCCGCUAGCGGCAUCCUUUCCCCAACCAUAUAUUCCCCGUAUGAGCCCUCGGCACUAUAUUUCGGCGUGUUGACACUCUGGGCCUAUCUUAUCGGCCGUGUGAGCCAUGACGAUGAAGGUGCUGGUACACAAGCGGCAGAGAAUUCGUCUGGGCUUGAGGCGGGCUCUCAUGCUCAACAAUCCCGGGGUCCAUCAUCUUCUCCAUUCGUAUCGAUCACCGCGGAUCUACAGGAUAUCGAAGCGGCCAUUGACAAAGAAGACGGCCAUGCAUGUCGACGGCACUGGCGGAAACUCGUGCAGCAUGUCUCAACAAAGUUGGCGGCGAGACGGAAUAGCAACGCUCAGGAAUACAGUCAAGUUCUGCGAUUGUUAAGCGACAACAUCAGUAUCUGA